UUAAAUUUUUCGUCAGUGCAUAAUUUUGUGACAGUCGCCGGAAAAUAACAGACGUUGUUGAAUGUUGAAAAGUAGAUUAAUUUAGUUUUUUUUUUAACAACAAUUUUUCACGUGCAAAUUAAGCAAUGAAAAAAUUGUUUUUUGCCCUAGCGGGCCUAUUAUUACUUAGCGGUUUUGCCCUUGCUGAUAAAGAAACUAUUGAAGAAAAUGUUGGUACCGUGGAAAAUGAUUUAGGUUCUAGUAGAGAAGCAUCCAGAACUGAUGAUGAGGUUGUACAGCGUGAGGAGGAGGCAGUUAAAUUGGAUGGAUUAAAUGUGGCACAAUUAAAGGAAUUACGUGAGAAAGCAGAAAAAUUCACAUUCCAAACGGAAGUUAAUCGAUUGAUGAAAUUGAUUAUUAAUUCAUUGUACAGAAAUAAGGAAAUCUUCCUUCGUGAAUUAAUUUCAAAUGCCUCCGAUGCUUUGGAUAAAAUACGAUUACUGUCUCUCACGGAUAAAAAUGUACUUGAUUCAAAUCCAGAAUUGGCAAUAAGAAUAAAAGCCGACAAGGAGGGAAAAGUACUUAGUAUCACUGAUUCUGGUAUUGGAAUGACAAAACAGGAUUUGAUAAAUAAUCUUGGAACAAUUGCAAAAUCUGGAACUGCUGAAUUUUUGAGUAAAAUGCAAGACGCCAAAGAUCUUGGACAAAUGAACGAUAUGAUUGGUCAAUUUGGAGUUGGUUUUUACUCGGCAUUUUUGGUUGCCAACAGAAUUGUCGUAACCACAAAAAAUAAUGAUGACAAACAAUAUAUUUGGGAAUCGGACAGUAGCAGCUUUUCAAUCAUUGAAGAUCCCAGAGGCGAUACUCUCAAACGUGGAACAACCAUUAGUUUGCACUUGAAGGACGAGGCACUGGAUUUCCUCGAACAGGAUACAAUUAGAAAUCUCGUGAAGAAAUACUCGCAGUUUAUUAAUUUCAACAUUUCUCUCUGGUGCAGUAAAACAAUUCAAGUUGAAGAAGAGGAGGAGGAGGAAAAACCCGAAGCCGAAAAAUCCGAGGAUCAAACUGAAGAUGAAUCGGAGGAUGAGAAAAAAGAUGAUGAAGAGGAUGCUAAAGUUGAGGACGAUAAGGAGGAAAAGGAAAAGAAGAAAAUUGACAAAACCGUCUGGGAUUGGGAAGUGUUGAAUGACUCAAAACCAAUUUGGACAUUGAAACCUUCUGAUGUUGAGGAUAAGGAAUACAAUGAUUUUUAUAAAGUUUUAACCAAAGACAGUGAUGAUCCAUUGACACAUAUUCAUUUUGUCGCUGAAGGCGAAGUGACAUUUAAAUCACUUCUCUAUAUUCCCAAAGUUCAACAAACUGAUAGUUUCAAUCGUUAUGGAACAAAAUCUGAUAAUAUCAAAUUAUACGUGAGACGCGUGUUUAUAACUGAUAAAUUUAACGAUAUGAUGCCAAAUUAUUUGAAUUUUAUUCGCGGUAUUGUUGACAGCGAUGAUUUACCAUUGAAUGUAUCACGUGAGGAUUUACAACAGCAUAAAUUAAUUAAGAUCAUUAAAAAGAAAUUAAUUCGCAAGGUCCUCGAUAUGAUUAAGAAAAUUUCAAAGGAGGAAUACGAGAAUUUCUGGAAGGAAUACAGUACUAAUAUUAAAUUGGGCGUGAUUGAGGAUUCAUCGAAUAGAGCAAGAUUAUCGAAACUUAUGCUCUUUAAAUCAUCUGCCAGUGAAAAUAAAACUAAUCUAAUGGAUUAUGUGGGACGAAUGAAACCCAAUCAAAAUCAUAUUUAUUAUAUUGGUGGUCUCAAUGAGGAGGAAACAAAAUCAUCGCCAUUUGUCGAACGUCUAGUGAAAAAAGGUUACGAGGUUUUGUAUUUAAUUGAGCCAGUUGAUGAGCAUGCUAUUUCCACUCUUCCUGAAUUCGAGGGAAAGAAAUUCCAAAAUGUUGCAAAAGAAGGAUUUGUCCUUGAUGAAGGCGCAAAGGCAAAGGAGAAAAUGGAACAUUUGAAGACGACAUUUGAACCACUUGUCAAAUGGCUCAAUGACGUUCUCAAGGAUCAAAUCAACAAAGCUCAAAUUUCCGAAAGAUUGACCGAUUCACCGUGUGCAUUGGUUGCAAGUAUGUUUGGAUGGACUGGAAAUAUGGAACGAUUGGCCACUUCUAAUGCACACAAAAAGGCUGACGAUCCACAAACAUCGUAUUAUCUUAAUCAGAAGAAAACAUUGGAAAUCAAUCCAAGACAUCCAUUGAUCAGAGAAUUAUUGAGGCGAGUCGAGCAAGAUCAAAGUGAUCAAACAGCGAAGGACAUGGCAACAAUGAUGUUCAGAACAGCAACACUUCGAUCUGGAUAUAUGUUGAGAGACACGCAAAACUUUGCCGACAGUGUCGAGCAACUUAUGCGAAAAACAUUGGGAAUUCCAGUUGACGAAGUUCCAGAAGAAGAGGAAGAGGACGAUGAUGAUUUAUUAGAGGGCGAUAAGUCUGAAGAGCCUGAAAUUGGUGCUGACGAUGAAAAAGAAUCAACCGAAGAUCACGAUGAGCUUUAAAAUACAGGAAAAUUGAUUUUCAACAUUAUUGAAAUCUAAUUUUUUUUUUUAAUAAAAAAUCAAUUUCAAUUGAAUGUUGACUUUUAAAGAGGAAUAAGACUUAUUUUUUCCUCUUAGGAACACAGGCUAUACAAUGUAUAGCUUUUUAUUAAUUUUUUUUUUUGUGACAAAUUGUUGCAAAAAUAUUCACUCAUUUAUAUAGUUUUUUCAAUCGAGCGAUUCUUUAUACUCUUUUUUUAUAUAUAUAUCUCUAAUACGAGUCAACUCGGUGAUUUAAUUUAAAGUCCAUCAAAAACUAUUUGACUACAAUAUGAGUGAUGUAGAAAAAUUCUACGUGAUAAUAAAUCGCAUGGAAUUUGUUUGUAUUCCGUUUGCUUUGCACAACAGUCCGUUAGACGAAGAUUUAUUUAUUACAUAUAUUCACUUCGUUUGUUCUUCCAUUUAAUUAUAUUAGUAAACGUAUAUUUGUGAAUACAGAACGAACGUCGUCGCCAAUGAUGUGUGAUUGCAAAGUGAGCAUAUGUGUUUAUAUACAGAGAAUUAAAGAUUAUUGAAACUUAA